AUGGGGAUUAGAAACAGCAAGUUGUUAAGCCAGUUGAUUGAAGCUCAAGGAGUGAAAAGACUGAGAAGCCCUUCAAUGACACCAAAAGGUUAUGUGCCUGUUUGUGUUGGUGUAGAUGGUGAUACGAAGCGUUUCAUGGUUCAUACCACGUUGCUUCACCAUGCGGAUUUCUUGGAGCUGUUGCAUAAGUCAGCGGAGGAAUAUGGUUUGUGCAAUGACGGGGUUUUGAGGAUUCCAUAUGAAGCCAAGGAUUUUGAGGAGCACUGGAUGAUAAGAAGGUCCAAGAUUUACAAGGUUGAAGCAGUUUAA